AUGAAGGGCCUUGGAGAGAAGGAGCUUGAGUUGGGCCUUGGAACAGGAGUAGUAUUUGAGAUAAUGAAGAGAGAGGACAAUGAAAUCUGCAAAAGCAAGGGCAAGGAAAUAGGAAAGAACCUGUCAUAUUUGGUAUCAGUGAAUGAAAUCAAACAACUUUUAUCACGUUUAUUGGAAGAAAGAAAAUUGAGUAAAGUAAUCAGUAAAAGAGAAAAUAUCUUAGAAAAAAAGAAGAAUCAAAGUAAAAUAAGAAUAAGAGGAAUUCAAAAUAAAAAUCUGUUGAUGAUAAAUAAAAAUAAUUUAAAACAGCAAGAAAAGAAAAAUUUCACAGAUGAAGGAGACCUUCUCUUUAAGAUGGGCAUCAAGAUCCUCCAGCAGUCUAAAAGCCAAAAACAAAAAGCAGAAGCCUACUUAUUCUUUGCCAAAGCAGCUGACAUGGGAAACUUGAGAGCUAUGGAGAAAAUGGCUGAUGCUUUGCUAUUUGGAAAUUUUGGCAUGCAAAACGUAACAGCAGCUAUCCAACUAUAUGAGUCCUUGGCUAAAGAAGGAUCAUAUAAAGCCCAAAAUGCCUUAGGAUUUUUGUCUUCUUAUGGAAUAGGAAUGGAAUAUGAUCAAGCCAAGGCACUGAUAUAUUAUACCUUUGGAAGUGCUGGAGGAAGCAUGAUGUCCCAAAUGAUUUUGGGGUACAGAUAUUUGUCAGGAAUCAAUGUUCUACAGAAUUGUGAAGUUGCCCUAAAUCAUUACAAGAAAGUGGCAGAUUACAUUGCUGACAAAUUGGAAAAAACUGAAGGUAUCCCAGUGGAGAAAGUGAGACUAACUGAAAGACCCGAAAAUCUGAGCUCUAACAGUGAAAUUUUGGAUUGGGACAUAUAUCAAUACUAUAAAUUUUUGGCAGAAAGAGGAGAUGUUCAGAUACAAGUAUCUCUUGGACAGUUACAUCUAAUUGGGAGGAAAGGUCUAGAUCAGGAUUACUAUAAAGCAUUAUACUAUUUCUUAAAGGCAGCAAAAGCAGGGAAUACAAAUGCCAUGGCGUUUAUAGGAAAGGGCAAUGCAAUUGGUCUUCAUGGGCUUGGUCUUCUUUACUUUUAUGGAAAAGGAGUUCCUGUGAAUUAUGCUGAAGCACUUAAAUAUUUUCGGAAAGCUGCAGACAAAGGAUGGCCCAAUGCACAGUUUCAGUUAGGUUUCAUGUACUACUCUGGCUCUGGAGUGUGGAAGGAUUAUAAACUUGCCUUCAAAUACUUUUACUUGGCAUCUCAGAGUGGGCAACCCCUUGCCAUUUAUUAUCUGGCCAAGAUGUACGCAACAGGAAAAGGAGUAUUAAAAUCCUGCAGAACUGCUGUGGAGCUUUAUAAAGGUGUCUGUGAACUAGGCCACUGGGCUGAGAAGUUCCUGACAGCAUACUUUGCCUAUAAGGAUGGUGAUAUAGAUGCUUCUCUUGUUCAGUAUGCACUACUUGCAGAAAUGGGGUAUGAAGUAGCUCAAAGCAAUUCAGCAUUCAUUUUGGAAUCUAAAAAAGCUAAAAUUCUUGAUAAAGAGAAGAUGUAUCCAAUGGCACUUCUUCUAUGGAAUCGAGCUGCCAUUCAAGGCAAUGCAUUCGCUAGAGUUAAAAUUGGAGAUUACCAUUAUUAUGGCUAUGGGACGAAGAAAGACUAUCAGACUGCAGCCACACAUUACAGCAUUGCAGCUGACAAAUACCACAGUGCACAAGCCAUGUUCAAUCUGGCUUAUAUGUAUGAACAUGGCUUAGGUAUUGAACAGGACAUUCACUUAGCCAGGAGAUUAUAUGACAUGGCUGCUCAAACAAGUCCAGAUGCACACAUACCAGUCUUCUUUGCCCUCAUGAAACUGGAAACUGUGCAUUUCCUCCAAGAUACCCUGUUUUUUAAUGAAUUCUCCAUUGGUGUACUCACAGAGGGAGAUGGUACCAACCUCCGGAGACAGAGGCUAAAUGGUGCAGAUUCUCUCUCUUGCCCAAAAGUCAAGCAAGGACCUAAGUUGGAUGGCAGAGGCUAA